AUUAUGACAUGUUCCAGUCUUGUUCAUUUCAGAAAUGUUUUAGAACGGAACGCAGUCCCGUCAAAAAUGGCCUCUAUGUUCAGUGUUUUGCUGCGAAAAUCCGCAAAUUUGGGCCAAAUAGCGGCCUUAACAAAGAAUUUACCAGCCCUUUAUAAUGUGAACAGCCAACGUAACGCACAUAGAUGGAUGCCAGAUGCGGAGUAUGUGAAGCAGUUCGAGGGGGCCGUCAUGUACCCUGACGAUGUCACCUCGCUGCUGAAACAUCCACCUUACCACGGUGUGGUGGCUCCCGGAGAGAAGCAAGUGAAGAAUAUGGUCCUCAACUUCGGACCUCAACAUCCGGCCGCUCACGGAGUGUUGCGAUUGGUGCUUGAGCUGGACGGAGAAACGGUCCGCGCAGCAGAUCCUCACAUCGGCCUCCUCCACCGGGGCACGGAGAAGCUGAUAGAAUACAAGACGUACACCCAGGCGCUGCCUUACUUCGACCGACUGGACUAUGUGUCCAUGAUGUGUAAUGAGCAAUGCUACAGCUUGGCCGUUGAGAAGUUGCUCAACAUUGAUAUACCGCUGAGGGCUAAAUAUAUUCGAACUCUCUUCGCUGAAAUAACUCGUCUAUUAAACCACAUCAUGGCAGUUGGUACCCACGCGCUUGACGUGGGUGCCCUUACUCCUUUCUUCUGGCUGUUCGAGGAGCGAGAGAAAAUGAUGGAGUUCUAUGAAAGAGUCAGCGGAGCCAGGAUGCACGCUGCCUAUAUUAGACCGGGAGGAGUUUCCCUUGACAUGCCAUUAGGUCUCAUGGAUGACAUCUACGAGUUUUCAUCCAAAUUCGCGGAGCGUUUGGAUGAGGUGGAAGAUGUCCUGACAACCAACAGGAUCUGGGUGCAGAGGACUAAGGAUAUCGGUGUCGUCACCGCCCAGGAUGCUCUCAAUUACGGCUUCAGCGGUGUGAUGCUCCGCGGGUCGGGCAUCAAAUGGGACCUGCGCAAGUCGCAGCCGUACGACGCGUACCAUCUGGUAGACUUCGACGUACCUAUUGGUACCAACGGGGACUGCUAUGACAGAUACCUGUGCCGCGUGGAGGAGAUGCGUCAGUCGCUCCGCAUCAUCGACCAGUGCCUCAACCAGAUGCCCCCCGGGGAGGUCAAGACGGACGAUGCCAAGCUCACGCCACCCUCGCGCGAGGAGAUGAAGACGUCAAUGGAGGCCCUCAUCCACCACUUCAAGUUGUUCACGCAAGGCUACCAGGUGCCCCCAGGGUCCACGUACACCGCUGUAGAGGCUCCGAAGGGAGAGUUCGGGAUCUACCUCGUCUCUGACGGAGGAUCCAAGCCUUACAGAUGCAAGAUCAAGGCGCCCGGCUUCGCUCACCUGGCUGCUCUAGAGAAAGUCGGCAAAAACUCCAUGUUAGCAGAUAUCGUUGCUAUCAUCGGCACCCUCGACGUGGUCUUUGGAGAAAUUGACCGAUAA